AUGUAUGAGAACCUCCUGAAUCAUGAUCCAGAGAGUGAAGAUCCUGAUGCGGAGAAACCAACAUAUGAAGGAAUCGAGCUUAAAUGUGGAUGGAAAGUUAUUGGAACUGAAAAUUUAGCAACCAGUAAUGCCAAAAGUAAGCAAGUUCUGACAAACUGGGUCGAGCGCACCAUUGAAGAUUCUUUCAAGGAAGUCAGCACAUUUGCAAGUGAUCUAUCUGCAUCAUUUCAAAACCACAUUGAGACCUGUGGGGUAACCGAGGAAGUUGGAAAGGCAAACUUCUUUGACAUUGAAGAAACAUUUCAACUUCUUUGUGGAGAAAGACUGUUAAACGAUCAUGUUAGAGUGAGAGAAGGUGAUCUGGAAGUGUUUGGAGCUGCAAGCUUUGAGUUAUUUUUCCAAGAAGUUUGCAACCUAAGCCACAUCAAAGCCAAAGACGAUGAGCUCUUUGACGAAAGACUCUCUCGAAAUGUGCUACGUCAAUGGAAAAGUGCAAUCAGGCAUUUAGUGUGGGAGAAAGCAAUGAAAAAUUUGCUUUUAUCUUGUCUGAAACCGGUGAAUGAUAACGGCAUUACCACUGCAGUAACAACUAAUCCGAGGCUAAAUUAG